AUGGAUUCCCUUAUAGCAGCAAACACCAAAUUUUGCUUUGAUCUUUUCCAAGAGAUUAGCAAAGAUGAUAGUUGUCAAAAUAUAUUUUUCUGUCCUCUGAGCCUCUCAGCUGCCCUUGGCAUGGUCCGCCUCGGGGCUAGAAGUGACAGCGCCCAUCAGAUUGACGAGGUACUCCACUUCAAUGAACUGUCCCAGAAUGAUAGCCAAGAACCCGACCCUUGUCUAAAAAGCACAAAAGAAGUGCUGGCUGAAGGCUCCGCGGAAGGGCAGAAAGGGAAGACAGAGGCUCCGGACCAGCAAGCUAAGUCUUCAAAUGGAGAGAAUCAACUGCUCAGCUGCUACUUCGGGAAACUUCUCUCCAAAUUAGAUAGGGCCAAAAUGUACUACACACUCAGUAUGGCCAACAGGCUCUACGGAGAGCAGGACUUCCCAAUCCGCCCGGAAUAUGUAGAUGGUGUGAUUGAAUUUUACCACACGACUAUUGAAAGUGUUGAUUUUCGGAAGGACACUGAAAAUUCCAGACAAAAAAUUAACUUCUGGGUUGAAAGUCAAUGUCAAGGGAAGAUCAAGGAGCUGUUUGGCAAGGACACCAUCAGUAACGCGACUGUGCUGGUGCUGGUGAAUGCUGUUUACUUCAAGGCCAAAUGGGAAAAAAGCUUUGACUGUGAAAACACAGUUGAUGCCCCUUUCUCUCUAAAUGAGAAUGAAAGGAAGAGUGUCAAGAUGAUGAAGCAAAAGGGUCAGUUCAGAAUUGGCUUCAUUGAGGAGCUGCAGGCCCAGAUCCUGGAAAUGAGGUACAACACGGGGAAGGUCAGCAUGUUCAUCGUGCUGCCGCCUUGCUCCCAGGACAACGUGAUGGGUCUCCAAGAGCUUGAAAAGCACAUAACCUAUGAAAAAAUAGUGGCCUGGAGCAGCCCAGAGAACAUGUCAGAAGAAGCAGUGUCUGUCUCCUUCCCCCAGUUCACCAUGGAAAAUACCUAUGAUCUCAAUUCUACUCUGCAAGACAUGGGCAUUACAGAUAUCUUUGAUGAGACGAAGGCUGAUCUCACUGGAAUCUCUCCCAGUCCCAAGCUGUACCUGUCCAAAGUGAUCCACAAGACCUUUGUGGAGGUGGAUGAAAUGGGCACACAGGCUGCGGCAGCCAGUGGGGUAGUGGGCACGGAAAGGUCACGGCCAUCUUGGAAGGAGUUCAAUGCUGACCACCCCUUUCUCUUCUUUAUCAAACACAACGAAACCCAGACAAUUCUUUUCUAUGGCAGGGUCUGUUCUCCUUGA